AUGGCAGACCAAGAACCAUCAACCCAAAAGUUCUCCAUCCCAGCCUCUGAAGCUCAACGCCUCGUCCAAGAUAUCCUCCAAGGAAACGGAAUUCCUUCAGAGAAUGCGUCCAUCAUCGCCAAAUGCCUCAUAGCAGCCGACUUGCGCGGUGUCGAUACCCACGGCAUGAACCGCAUACCCUCAUACAUGGAACGCAUCCGUCAAGGUGUCCUCAGCGCCACAGCCCAGCCCAUCCUCACCCAAGUAACUCCCGCCGUCGCUCAAGUCGACGGCCAAAACGGUUUCGGUUUUGUAGCCGCCCACAAAGGAAUGGCUGCUGCUAUCGAAUCUGCGCGCGUCUUCGGUAUCGGAAUGGCGAGCAUCAAGCACUCUAACCACUAUGGUAUGAGUGCCUGGAUCGUCCAGCAGGCUCUCGAUGCCAACAUGAUGAGUCUUGUUUUCACAAACUCAAGUCCAGCUCUUCCUGCUUUCGGUGGAAAGAGUAAGCUCAUGGGUGUUUCGCCUAUCGCUUGUGGUGCGCCGGGUAAAGGGCCCAUGGAGAACUUCAUCCUCGACAUGGCACCCUCUGUCGCAGCGCGAGGAAAGAUUUACAAGGCAAAGCGACGAGGCGAAAAGAUUCCCUUGGACUGGGCUCUCGAUUCAGAGGGACGACCUACAGAUGAUCCCGAAGCUGCCCUCGGCGGCGUCAUGCUACCCAUGGGCGGCCCAAAGGGUUCUGCACUGUCCAUAAUGAUGGAUGUCUUUUCAGGAGUCCUAUCCGGUUCUGCAUUCGCAGGACAUGUAACUGGGCCGUAUGACCCAUCCAAGCCAGCAGACGUGGGCCAUUUUCUUGUUGCUAUCAAGCCUGAUCUUUUCAUGAGCUUGGAUGACUUCCGCGAGAGGAUGCAGUACUUGUACGAGCGGGUAGUUGGGUCUGAGAAAGCUGCUGGUGUUGAUCGGAUUUACUUCCCUGGUGAGAUUGAGCAGUUGAAUCGCAAGGAGAGGGAGAAGACGGGAAUUCCGCUUGUGCAGGCUGAGAUUGAUGCUUUGAAUGCUGAGGCGGAAAGGGUUGGGGCAGAGCUGUUGAAGUAUUAG